AUGCGUUUUAAUAAGGUUAGAGGAAUUAGGAAUUUGAAGAAUUUUUUUAAAGGUAAACGGGGAAAAAAGAAUAAAUUAGUGAUAAAUCAAUCGAAAAACAAUAUUCAUACUGUUUCUACAGGGCCUAGGAAAUAUACGGUUACUAUUGCACUUCCGGGAAGUAUUGUUUCAAAUGCGCAAGGGUUAGAAUUAAAAACAGUACUUGUAGGACAGGUUGCUAGAGCUUUAGUUAUUUUUUGUGUAGAUGAAGUGGUUAUUUUUGAUGAUUCUGGAAUAUCAAAGGAACAAAGUAAUUUUGGAAAGCAUGAUGAAGUAAAUAAUGAAAAUACGUUUUUUAUUCAUUUAUUACGUUAUAUGGAAACACCACAAUAUUUGAGAAAAUCUUUAUUUCCAAUACAUCGCGAUCUUCGGUUUACUGGACUAUUAAAUCCUUUAGAUUGUCCUCAUCAUUUACGUAGAGAUGAGGAUUUUCCAUACAGAGAAGGCAUUACAUUGGAUUCCUCAUUGUAUCCAAAGGUUCCUAAGAAUUCUACGCUAGUAGAUGCAGGUUUACGACGAAAGGUACUAGUUUCGGAUAAAAUUGAUCCAGGCGUUCGUGUAACUCUGUUUAUGAAGGAAACGUCUUCACAAAAGAAAUAUAUUAAUGCGGAGGUGGUAAGUCCAUCUACUCCACGAGAAACAAUGGGAUAUUAUUGGGGUUAUACUGUUCGUUUUGCCAGUUCUUUAUCAGCAGUGUUGAAAGAAUCACCGUAUGAAAAUGGUUAUGAUUUGAUUAUUGGUACAUCAGAAAGAGGCGUGGCAUUUGAAGAAAUAAAGGAUAAUAUUCCGAAUUUUAAUCAUAUUCUUAUUGUUUUUGGGGGAUUAGCAGGACUAGAAGCGGCGGUAGAUGCUGAUCAGGACUUGGAUAUUGGAGGAGAUCGUGCAGAAGAACUUUUUGAUAGAUGGAUAAAUGUAUGUCCUGCCCAAGGUUGCAGGACAAUACGUACAGAAGAAGCAUUGUUAAUUACUUUAGCACAGCUAAAAGCAAUUAUUAUGAAAAAGGGCAAAUAA